GGAGCUCUUAGCAGCCUUGGAGCCAUGGGAAGAAGUGCUUUUGCCCUGGUCCUCACCCUUGUCCUGGCAGUAUGUGUUGCCCAUGUGGAGAGAAAGUACUAGCCUUGCAGUGUCUUCUCUCUGGGUCAUGGCGGAGUGACACCAGCUGCCGGAUGGUUGUGUCCACCCUGGACAAGAACAACAGAUUCUCCGGUUUUUACCUGCCGGGACCUGCUGCUGGCUACUCAGAACUCCUCACCUCACCACUGGAGGGGUCCCAGCAAGACACAGGGCUGGUCUCACAGCCCACCUUUUCCUUCACCGUGAACUGGCAGCUCCGAGACUCAGAGGCUGCCCGGACAACUGUCUUCCUGGGCCAGUGCUAUGUGGACACCAACGGGGAGGAGACCUUGCAUGCCCUGUGGCUCCUGCGAGAGGCAGCCAACAGUCCUGCAGAGGACUGGAAAGCCACACGGAUUGGCACCAGCAUCUUCACAAGGAUAAAAUAACAGCAAGUGGGAAAAUCCAGCAAGCUCAGGACAGCAGGGAGUUCCUAGGCAGACUUUUCCUGCACCAACAUGCUGCACUUUAGCAGCUCUCAGUCCAGAGCUUCAUGCUUUCUUAGGCAACUCCACCAGAUGCAAAAUAAAGGGUUUCUGUGGGGAUGCAGGGCUUGGCUCUGUCUUCUGCCCUAACUCAAAC